CCGUCACUAUUCGAGUUAAAAUUGUCACCCUUAUCAGGAUGGUGUAGGUAUAUACCUGCCCUCUAGUUGUUGAUGUGCCAUCUGUCAAGGUCACCGGUAAACGAGCUAUAAGUACCUGCAGUCUCGACCGACCGGCUUCAUUCUACCCUAUUCCUCCGCAACAGACAGUGGCUGCCUCGCUAUAUAUUUGCUUCGACAUGGACAACUCAAAGCCGACUAUCAAGUACACGAAGUUGUUCAUCGACAAUGAAUUCGUGGACUCGAUCUCCGGCAAAAAGUUUCCAACCAUCAAUCCGGCAACUGGAACCGUCAUAACUGAAGUAUCCGAGGCAGAUAAGGCUGAUGUCGAUCUUGCUGUUAAAGCAGCAAGAAAAGCCUUCAAGCGCGAUGCACCGUGGCGCAUGAUGGAUGCCUCCAAGAGGGCCAAAUUGAUGCAUAAACUGGCCGACUUGAUGUUACGCGACAUAGACUACUUGGCAGCCCUAGAAACUCUGGAUAAUGGAAAAACUUACAACAGCUCGAAGGGUGACAUAAUGGCCAGUAUCGAGGUUCUUCGUUACUACGCCGGCUGGUGCGAUAAAAUCCACGGUGCCACCAUUCCAACAAGCAAUGGUUUAUUCUCGAUGACGCGCAAAGAGCCGGUCGGCGUAGUCGGCCAGAUAAUCCCCUGGAACUACCCGAUAAUGAUGCUCGCCUGGAAGUGGGGCCCGGCCAUGGCAACCGGCUGCACGAUAGUCCUUAAGCCAGCCGAGCAGACUCCCCUCACGGCUCUUUACAUUGGGUCUCUGGUCAAGGAGGCGGGCUUUCCUCCAGGCGUCGUCAACAUCGUGACCGGCUACGGGAUGACCGGAGCUGCCAUUUCCGAGCACCUCGAUGUCAACAAGGUCGCUUUCACGGGAUCCACCGAGGUUGGCCACCUUAUCAUGCAAGCGUCAGGAAAGUCCAAUCUGAAGCGAGUCAGCCUCGAACUCGGAGGCAAGAGUCCCCUGAUCGUUAUGGACGAUGUCGAUGUCAAGAAAGCAGCUGAAAUCGCUCAUAAUGCUCUAUUCGGCAAUCACGGGCAGUGCUGCUGCGCGGGUUCGCGUACUUUCGUCCACGCCAAAAUCUACGAUGAGUUUUUGAAGGAGGCCAAGAAAUUGGCCGAGAACAGAAAGGUUGGUGAUCCAUUUAUGAAGGACACGAUGCAGGGACCGCAGGUCGAUGAAGAAAUGUUCAACAAAAUCAUGGGGUUAAUCGAGUCUGGAAAGAAGGAAGGAGCUACCUGCGUCACUGGUGGAAAGCGCGUUGGCACCACUGGAUACUUCAUUGCGCCUACUAUUUUUGCCGACGUCCUUGACGACAUGAGAAUUGCCAAGGAGGAAAUAUUCGGACCGGUUCAGUCUAUUAUCAAGUUUAAUACUUUGGAGGAGGUCAUCGAGAGAGCAAACAAUACGAUUUAUGGAUUGGCAGCAGGAAUCAUAACUAAGGAUAUCGACAUGGCUCUGGCCUUUUCCAAAGCUAUCGAGGCUGGAAGUGUUUGGAUAAAUGGAUACGAUCUUAUCACUCCACAAACACCUUUUGGAGGUUUCAAACAGUCAGGCAUUGGCCGAGAAUUGGGUGAGGAAGGAUUGCACGAGUACCUUGAAAUGAAGACCAUAAGUCUGAGAUUCAUAGCAGAAAACUCGUAUUCUUUUACAAAAUUUGUUCAUUUAAUUGUCUCUCUCUCUCUCUCUCUUAUUUUCGACAGUCGUAACAUUUCGAUCUUUAACAAGUCAUAGGAACUACGGUAUGCUUUAUAUUUUGUUAAUUUAAGACUAAUGUGUUUUAUGCUAACGUUAAAGUAUCGCGUUAUUAAAAGCCGUUUUUUGCAGAAAUUUUUUUUUUCAACUUUAAGUCAAACGAAGAUUUGGUAAAAUUAAAAAUUUUUAAUUAACACUGAC